AUGUCGAAUAUGUUUGAAGAUAUUCCUAUUAUUACUGAUUUUACUAAAGUAUUAAAUGAUAAUAAUGAAAGAGAAAAUUUGCCGUUAAGGUUCAUAUGGAAUGUAGAAAAUAAUUUGACAGAAACUGUUUGGUGGCCUUCUUCCAAUAACAAUAGUAACAGCAACAGCGAUAAUGAUGAAAAAAUAGUAUUUUUUAUGAUAACUGGUAAUCCUGGUCUAAUUAAUUAUUAUACUGAAUUUUUAAGUACCAUACAUAAUGAACGUAAUAAAAAUAUUGAUAUUAUUGGAGUAUCAAAUUUAGGGCAUUUUCAUGGACCUCAUAAUUCUAAAUUAGAAGGUCUUUAUUCUUUACAAGAUCAAAUCAAUCAUAAAAUUCAAUGUUUUGAUAAAUUACAUGAAAAAUUUUCUAACAAUGGUAAAAAUAAUUCCAAGGUUAAAUUUGUUUUAUGUGGUCAUUCUAUUGGCGCGCAUAUUUGUUCUCAGACGCGUCCUAAUAGUAACAUUGAACAUGUAUACGCGUUAUUUCCAACUUUACAACAUAUUCAAAAAACUCCUAAUGGUACAAUGCUUAGUUUUCUUUUUGCGGAAAAUACAAGAAAUCUUGCAAGUUCAUUUGUUCACUCAUUACGCUGCAUCCUACAUCCACAAAUUCUCAGAUAUGUAGUUAAGUUAUUUACAUUUCAAUCUGAUCCACAUUUAUCAAUCACCACAAAUCAAUUGUUGCAUGGUCACGUUGUCAAAAAUUCUCUUUACAUGGCAAAUUCGGAAAUGGAAAUUGUAAAGGACUUGGAAGAGGAGUUGUUCAAACAACAUUUAAAUAAAUUUGUUUUUUAUUUUGCUGACGGUGACAAUUGGGCACCUUUAGCACACUAUCAUGAUAUGGUUAGACGGUUUCCUGAUGCUAAGAUACAUUUGUGUGAUUUGAAGUUGCCUCAUGCUUUCGUAAUAGGUAUUUGUUAA